UGUCAUGAUGGAUUUAUUUCCUGUUUUGAAUGCGACACGUCAACACUAAGGGCUGGAACUGUCAUCAUCUUUAGCCAAUCAGCCGUCAAGAUGUCUUUUUCUUGUGGUCCAGAGGAACCAUGUGACUUUUACAGCUCAGGCUGUCACAAAACCGGGAGAGAAGCCAAAUAUACAGCGCAUCCAGCUGAACUGCCAGAUCUUACCGUGUGUGUGUGUUCUCUCUGCAUGUGUGUUGCUGUGACUGUCUCCACUUCUCUGCCUCCUCCCCUCCUCUCCUCCUCCUCUAUCCUGCCGGCAUCAUCUCUCGCUCUCCAUCAGGGAUGGUGGGAGAAUGUUUAUGAGCAUGUGCAACGACUCGCACGGAACGAUGCAGGACUGUGAGCAUCUAAACCCUGCAGACUAAAACAACAUCAAAACCCAAAUCAUGCACUUAAGGCGGGUGCAAAGAUGUAGCUGAAGAACGAACGUUACAAAAUCUUGACCCUUCACAAACUCAGGUCAUCCCUGAAAGGGGCGUGGCCUGUGGCGCAUUGCCCAACAUGUCCAAGAAAGCAUCCGGUGGGCGGGGCAAAGGGGAGCGGCCUGCUUCCAUGGCAGCCUUGCAGGCAGCCAAUGAGGAGCUGAGAGCCAAACUCACGGAAAUCCAGAUUGAACUUCAGCAGGAGAAGAGCAAGGUCAGUAAGCUGGAGAGGGAAAAGUCUCAGGAGGUCCGUCACGAGCAACACAAGUCCACAGUGGUGGUGACGGAGUUAAAGGCGAAACUGCACGAGGAGAAACUUCGAGAGCUGCACAGCGUCCGGGAAACGCUCCUACGCCAACAUGAAUCCGAACUGGUGCGAGUCAUUAAGAUCAAAGAUGGAGAGAUCCAGAGGCUCCAGGCACUCGUGUCUGCCCUCAGAGACGGUUCCACUGAUAAGGUGAAGUCUGCGCUAGUGGCGGACGCGCGAGAGGAGGCCAGGCGGAGUUUCGAGGGGGAACGCCUACGACUGCUGCAAGAAAUCACAGAGCUGAAAGGGGUGAAGAGGCAAAUGGAGGAAGCCUUAACCAUGGCUGUGCAAGCGGAUAAGAUCAAAGCUGCCGAGAUCCGCAGCGUCUACCACCUCCACCAAGAGGAGAUCAACCGCAUCAAGAAGGAAUGCGAAAGGGAGAUUCGCAGACUGAUGGAUGAGAUUAAAGUAAAGGAGCGUGCCGUCUGUGGGCUGGAGAGAGAGCUGAACGCUCAGGCGGGCUGCACGUGGAGACUACAGCAGCAGAAACAGGCUGUAGACACGCAGCUGGCCCUCCUGCGAGACUCCAGCCCCAGACGAGAGGGCCCUUAUUCACCCGCUACAGGAGAUGCAGCAGACGCCAUAGCUAACCCUGUGCAGCAGUUGGAUGAGAAAGACGCUCGAAGGUUCCAGCUAAAAAUCGCAGAACUGAGCGCCAUCAUCCGGAAACUCGAGGACCGAAACACUCUGCUGUCAGAAGAACGCAAUGAACUGUUAAAGCGCCUGCGAGAAGCUGAGAGUCAGUAUAAACCCUUACUGGACAAGAACAGACGAAUGAGCCGAAAGAAUGAGGAACUGGCUCACGCUCUGAGACGCGCGGACAACAAACUGCAGUUCAUCACUCAGGAGAACAUUGAAAUGAGAGAGAAGGUUGGAACGAUCCGCAGGCCCAGUUCUCUGAACGAUCUGGAUCAGAGUCAAGAGGAGAGAGAGAUCGAGUUCCUCAGACUACAAGUCCUGGAACAGCAGCACAUCAUCGACGAUCUCUCCAAGGCGCUGGAAACAGCUGGAUAUGUGAAGACUGUGAUUGAGAGAGACAUGCUGUUGAGAUACAGACGACAGGACAGUCUGCGCAGGAAGAAACCAAUCAGAACCUGUCGGCCGGUGAUAGAGACAUUUUUUGGCUAUGAUGAAGAAGGCUCUAUAGACUCGGACGGCUCCUCCAUUUCUUAUCACACAGACCGAACGCCGUGCACGCCAGACGAUGACCUCGAAGAGGUUUGUGGAGUGCUGAAAGAAGACACAGAGCAUCGUUUCCAUCAGCUGACGAUGGAGUAUCAGGCUCUUCAGCGGGCGUACGCUCUCCUUCAGGAGCAGGUCGGAGGGACGUUUGAUGCAGAGAAGGAGGUCAAGACUCGAGAGCAGCUGCAGGCCGAACUGAUCCGCUAUCAGAGCAGAAUAUCAGAUUUGGAGUGUGUUCUGAGUCAGCAGGGACAGGAUAUGAAGUGGAUCGAGGACAAACAAGCUUUGUACAAACGCAACCAAGAGCUUGUAGAAAAGCUUAAACAUAUGGAGAAAGAGGAGACGCGGUUGAAAAAUGAAAUUCAGGACAUAAAAGACCAAAACGAACUCUUGGAGUUCCGAAUUCUUGAACUUGAAGAAAGAGAGAGGAGAUCUCCAGCCAUAAACUUCCAGAAUAUUCAUUUUACCGACGGCAUGAGUCCCUUACAGAUCUACUGUGAGACAGAGGGAGUCUCUGACAUUGUGAUCUCGGAGCUGAUGAAGAAACUUGAUAUUCUGGGGGAUAACGCCGUAAGUAAUCUGACCAAUGAGGAGCAGGUGGUGGUUAUUCAUGCCAGAACGGUACUAACCUUAGCAGAAAAGUGGUUAGAGCAAAUUGAGGUCACCAAAUCAGGAUUACAGCAGAAAAUGUUGGACAUUGAAAGCGAAAAGGAGCUCUUUUGCAAACAGAGGGGAUAUUUAGAUGAGGAGUUAGACUACAGAAAACAGACUCUGGAUCAAGCGCAUAAGCGUAUUCUUGAGUUGGAGGCGAUGCUGUUUGAAACUUUGCAGCGAGAGGAGGCGGGCGGGAAGAUGUCCGAGCUGCUCAGCGAGCUGGACCGUGAUUCGCUGAGGGAAGCUGUCAGUCAAUGGAAGAGGCAGGUCCUCAGCGAAUUACGAGAGAGAGACGCGCAGAUACUCAGAGAGAGGAUGGAGAUGCUGCAACAUGCUCAAGCGAGGAUAAAAGAGCUGGAGGAGUGGAUAGAAACACAGAAACGACAGAUUAAAGAAUUGGAAGAGAAGUUUUUAUUUUUAUUUUUGUUCUUUUCUUUAGCUUUCAUUCUUUGGUCGUAGCUCUUCCAACAAGCAGGAAGCGAUGUCACGUGGCGCUGUGGAUCGGGAUCAUGGACCUCAAGUGUUCUAUCUUCUAUAGCAGAGAAGCGGUCGCAUUUGUUCCAUCACGGGUUCAGCUAUCAAGCUUCUGCUUUUGUGAGACUUUCAACCAUUCCCGUCAAAUCUCCACUGGCCACCUGUUGAUCUACGGCUAAUGGAAUAUGGUGCUCUCUAUCUUGUGGACUAAAGCUGUUUUUAUCCUUCUGACCUUUUCAAAUUUGCUCUGUUUGACCUCUUGCGUGAGGUUUUUAAGGACUCUUAAAUAGAAACGCUCUCCUUUCCCUGCUAAGCAGGCGGUGCUGGAGGCUGCUUCCCUUUGGAAGCCUAAUGGAACGAGAGGUGUUACGUGGAAACCCUUCCCCUUCAACUGUUUACACGCACUGUGCUUUGGUUCCUGGUGGUUACGUCUGGCAUUGGCGUGGUGGCGCUAACCUCCCUGUGCGUUGUGAGAAAUGUGACCGAAAAGUAUAUCUUGGAAUUAAAAUGUUUUAUUUUGUAUUGUAAAGGAACUGUAUUUCAAAAUAAAUUUCUCAGAGGAUUAUGGAAAAGAAUAUGAAAAAGGACGGUAUCUUGGUAUC